GUUCCAGUUCCAGGAGCUCUCUUUUAGACGCAAAGCCUCUGAUUCACGACUCGUACGCCGCAGGUUGGGCUGAGCAAGAGCCUUCUGUCCCUGGUGCCAGUGUCACCACUCACCACCACCAAGCGACGCCCAGCGGACUGGACACCUGAGCCUCUAGCGCGCGCCGGCCGGGAUCUUUGCCAGGUGCAUUUCCUGCAAGAGCACGAGCACCAGGGGGGGAAGGGGAUCCCUUUUCUCUCUCUCCAGGACUGCCUACUGCAUAUCCUUCAUCUUUUUUUCAUGGUCGUCCGUUGACCACCAACCGACUCCCAUUGCACGGCGUCGACCCGUGCUACCAUCGCCGUCACUUGCAGUUGCUGCGCGCGCCUCCCCUCGAUUCCCGGCAGCGGCAACACAGGCGACAGUCCUGGCUACUGAAUCGAAUUUAAUCUAUGCGACGUUGAUCAGGGUCUCCCAGGCAGCUCGAAACCACGGCGAGUUGUCCUGCGUCUUGUUGACGGGACCCCCCUUUCACUUCUCCGACCAAUUGGCCAAGGCCUCGACCUGUCUGUCGCUGAGCGGACCAUGUCACAGCUCGACCACGACCAACAUCACCACCACCCCGACGGCCGCUCUUCUGUGGCCUCAACUCCACCCCGAUCUAUGGACUCUUCUUUCCAGGACAGCCCUACUAUUGGGAGAACACAAGUACUGACCCACGGCUACUCGUCCAAUAGCCCAUCUUCCUCGCCCUUGUCGGCGGCGAACCCUAGGUCCAGGCCGAAACCCGCACCGAGCCCGUUGCACUCGAGCAGCGUUGUUUCUCCGCCCACGAGUCCCGGCCCAACGAGAGCCGAGUUCCCAUCUGCAGCCUCCGUCCCACAGAUUGUAACGACGGCCCCCGAGGACCGCCAGGCGCAGGCAUCCGAGAAAACAUACUUUAACAGUGACUCCUCGGGUAGCACCACCCCAGAGGAGAGAAGUCCAGGACCGGCUCCCUCUUCCUCUCAGCAAUUUCCGAAUGAGGCGCGCAGUGCCUCCGACCCCGUCGUAGCCGCCAAGGGCCCCUCAGGAGGACUUACUCAAAGCCAGUCUACACCCUCGAUCAUGGCCGGUCCGUCGAGCGUGCGGGCAGAGCCCGCCAAGGGUCCAGCGAGAAACUCUUCCAUGGAUUCCGCCAUUUCUCAAAUUUCAUCGAGGUCGACUCCGAAUAAGACGCCGCAGGACGCUGCUGGGUCGACGGAUAUUGCACACCUAAUCAAGACGGCCGGCAGUGCCGAAGCGGUCAUUCAGUAUUUGUUGAAGGAAAAACAGUCCCAAUCGCAACAAAAUUCGCAGUUAUGGCGGCUUGUCGACAAGCAAAGGGCCAUGAUUCUGGGCCUUAAUAAGGAUCUGGAGCGGGCGUUGAAGGACAAAGAAAAGUACAGGAAAAAGCUGAAGGAAGUUUUAGGUGACGCAGAAGCACCGUUUGUCCCGGCCGUUCCAGCGGCGAGCUCCAUGCAAGGGCCAGCCAGACACGAAACCGGCGAAGCGAGUGCCAUUCCAAAGGAGCGGGUGUUGGAAGUUCCUGCGUCACCAGGCUUGGACGCCCCAAAGCAUUCGCCGAUUGAUGUUUCGAUGGCCCCGUACCCAAUCACUCCGCCCGCCGAUCAAAUGACUUUGCUUCUGCCGCCAUCAACCGUUGGCGACUUGCUUGACCCGUCUCAUUCGAUGCCAAAGGCAAGCGAGCACGCCCUCGACCAAUACGACCACGAGGCCCAAGAAAGAGAAGCCGAAGAGGCUGCUAAGGAGACAACCGACGAUCAAGUUGACUUGCGCAUCAACCUCGAUUUACCGCCCUCUCGUCAGACACCCCGAGAACCCCCCAAGAUGCCCCCGCCAAAAUUGCCUGUCGGAUUGCCAGAUCGGUCGCCCAAGCCGGAAGACGGCGUCUCGAAGUUCCCGUUACCCCCUGCCCCACCGCCACGGAAACCCCCUCCGGCACCGCUCCAAUUGAAAAAUAUGAAUCCAACGCCGGCGAUAGUUGCGCCGGAGGAGGCUGAGACCGAUACAGAUUACGACGAUAUACUAGAAGUAGAUGAGAUUCCGCAUCAUGAACGGAGAGGACGCCGAAGGACACGAGAGGAGGACGAGCGAGACCGUGAGAUCAUGGCCCAAAAGGAGGCCGAGAUGCGCAGCUUGUCCAAGAAGAGCAAAAAGAGCAGCAGUCGGAAGAAUACACCAGAAGAGGAGCCACCACUUCCCGCGGAGAUGCCCGAGAUGCCCGCGAGCCCUAGGUUAGUUCAAACUACCAAGGUGCUCCCACCUCGGGAACCAGCGUCUCUGGCUGGUGUUCUCAGUGGGAACUCGGAUUCUCUGGCACCGCCCAUGGCAUUGAUGAGCCCUGGUCUUCCCGCGAGCCCAAGGCCGAUGCCUCUGAAGUCACCAGUUACUUCGCCACCGCUCUCGCCCUUGGGGAUUUCAACAUUUGCCGGAGCACCUUUAUCUCCUCGACCACCACGAGAACCAUUAGCGCUCAAAUCACCAAGGCCGCUUCUCAUCGUCAAGCAAGAGGCCCAAAUCAGUGGUGAAGCGAGCCCAACCAGUUCUACCAUGGAUAGCCCUCUAGAAAGAACCAAGAUUUUCAAGGGCUUUGUGACGGAGGAGUACCCAGACCUCCUGCUUCCACCCAACGCCCUUCCUCACAUCACUCUCAAGGUUGCAUCUUCGCGGAUGAAACCUUCGAGGGCCAGUCUGCUUUCUUUGACGCAGCUCGAAGAGGACCCCGUUUUCACACUGGCGGUUUCGUCAAGGGCUGAUGGUGGUGAGCUGUGGCGGGUUGAGAAAGACACUGCGUCACUUGCGAAGCUGGACUCGAGGCUUAAGCAAUGUCCCGCAUUUACUGCCAAGACUCCAGACAGAUCUCUUUUCAGCGGUCAUGCCCCUGCCAAACUUGAUGCUCGGCGGGUGGCCCUGAAUCAAUAUCUGGAGGAAUUGCUCAACACGCCCCUGGAUACCACCACAGCACUCGAGUUGUGCAAGUAUCUCUCUUCCAACACUUUGCCACCCAACGCAGAUGAGACUGGAAGCUCGAGAAGUGACGCCAAUCCCGAAUCACAACGCACUGGGCCAGGCGGCAGACCUUUCCGGACUGGGUAUUUAACCAAGCGAGGCAAGAACUUUGGCGGUUGGAAAGCCCGGUAUUUUAUUCUUGACGGGCCACUACUCAAGUACUAUGAGACACCAGGCGGUGCACACUUGGGUACAGUAAAACUCCAAAAGGCUCAGAUUGGAAAGCAAUCUCAUCACAACAACGACGGUUCCCCCGCUCGUCCCAAAGACGAUGAGGCUGAGAACCAGUACCGCCAUGCUUUUCUGAUUUUGGAACGGAAAAAGAAAGACCCCAACAGCACCACGAGGCAUGUUUUGUGCGCUGAGAGUGAUCUGGAGCGUGAUCAAUGGGUCGAUGCUUUGCUUCGCUGGGUGGAUUAUGAGGAUCCAGAGGACGAGGAUAACGCGAAGAAGGAACACCCUCACGAUCGACACUCGGCACACGCCGACCGUGCCAACGCCUCGAAGAAGAAGGGUCAAGGCAAGCAGAAUUCGAUUGCUGAAGAUAAGCUCAUCGGAGUCAGCUAUGAGGCCACGAGGCAAGGCGAUUCUCCCCAAGGCGUGCCUAUCAAGGGUGCGCCAUCCGGGCAAGAUCACGAAUCGACUCACAGCCAGUCGACGUCAUCUUCGUACACGAUCUCUGGACCUCGGGAUCCCCAGAUGAUGACAUCUUCUGAAUCGUGGGGCAACAAGCUUGCCAUGGCCACUCAACAGCUUAGCCAGGAGGAGAAGAAGGCGAGGAAACGCAGCUUUUUCGGAUUCGGUCCCAAGGCCAGAAACUCCGGUGAUGGACAAGAUUCAAUUUUUGGUAGUGACGGUGGCAGCAUUGCCAACGGACAGACUGGCAACGGGUACAACGGCCCUGUGCGCCAGGUAUUUGGUGCCAGUCUUGCCGAGGCCGUGCGCUACUGUGCCCCAGCUGACGUUCGGGUACCGCUCCCUGCUGUCGUCUACAGAUGCAUCCAAUAUUUGGAGCACAAGAAUGCCACCUCUGAGGAGGGCAUCUUCCGUCUUAGCGGGUCCAGCGUCGUCAUCAAGCAGCUCAAGGAACGUUUCAAUACCGAGGGCGACAUUAAUCUGGUGACCGAUCCGCAGUAUUACGAUAUUCACGCGGUUGCGUCUCUGCUCAAGCUCUACCUCCGCGAGCUUCCGAUUACGAUCCUGACAAACGACCUGCGUCUGGAGUUCAUCGCCACCAUAGAAAUCACGAACCAGAAGCAGAAGCAUGCUCUUUUGGCCGAGCUUGUGGAUCGUCUCCCUCAAGCCAACGCUGCUCUUCUGAAGUAUUUAAUUUCGUUCUUGAUCAAGAUCAUUAACAAUGCCAGUGUCAACAAGAUGACAGUGCGAAACGUCGGCAUUGUUUUCUCCCCGACCUUGAACAUCCCCGCUCCUAUCUUUGCAGCUUUCUUGCAGAACUUUGAGCCCAUCUUUGGCGUCGACCCUACUGAAUAUGAGCUGCCUACUACUGAACCCGACAAUCUUCAGCCUCAACCGCGCCGCCCAUCACUCCCAUCCUCCUUCACCUCGGAUGCGCCACGGCGUCCUUCGGAUCCAAGGCCGUCAACCUCGCACAGUGAUUCCCCUCACAGACACCGUUUAAUGGAGUCAUUGGAUAGUCUGCCAAACAGGAGCACGCCCACGCCACCUCCCCUGUCGAUGCAGCAAAUGGCACAGAUGAAUGCUGCGACAAUGCACUCGAGGAGCACGCCCACCCCUCCACCUCAGCGCCCGGGUGUGGUGUACGAGCCCCAGCUCAUGGCGCCACCCCAGCAACAGCAGCAAGGGGGUCACUUUCCCAUGAGGCCAGCGUACGAAGGCAGUUUCAAUGCGCCCCCUCCCAACUUUGACCCUAUGCAGAUGCAGCAUCCAGGGGCGUUGAGGCCAUCACCGGGUUAUGACAGGCCGGUGUAUGAGAGCGGAUUGUCGCCAGCGCCGUACGAGCAGUCUUAUAAAAAUAGGAGGGAGAGCUCGAUGUUUAUGGGUAGUUUGAAUCAGCAGCCGAGUAAGAGUCGGUUGAGAGAGUGA